UUUACUUCAUAAAAAGUGCGACUCCCAAACUAAUUCCCAAAAACCCGCCGCCAUUCCCAUCACCUUCUUCCUUUCCAUAAAUCUGCCGCCGCCGGUGAAACCUUGAAUAAGUGGAAGAAGGCAAGGGGGAUCUCGUCUCAGUGUCCGCAAUAGCAGAUUCAUCUUCCUACCGUCUCUAAAUCUCAAAGCCACGGAAAUCAGCAUUGUCUUAUUGUGCUUAUCAGUUAUCUGUGAUGGAGCUCUAGCUAAACUCGCAAUCUUAAUGAACUUUAUUCGAGUGGAGCUCGAGUAUUUUCUUAUCUUAAUUUAGCUUGUUUUGUCGCAGUUGGACUACUUGUGAUGUCUGACGUUGAUUUGGGAGUAAAGUUGAAGGAGCUUAUGAGUGUCUGUAAUGGACUUCAAUUUGGAGUAACUAGUUUGUAAAUUAAAACUAGGAUGAAGCUAUAGUAUCUUUCUAGCAGACUUGACUUGAUCCAAUUCUGGAAAUUGAUUUCAGACUGAUGUGACCUAAUAAUUGAUGACAUAAUUUCUGCAUAUCAUUGAAAGGCUUCAUUCUAUAAUCACCUCCAUUAUUUUUAUAUACUUAUAUCUUUCUCCUAUAUGUUGAUUAGAGCUUUGAUUUGGCUAGUUACAACAGCCAGGCAAGUUUCAAGGCAGCUAGAUGAUAGUAAUUGGAACUAAACUCUGUUCCAUUCAUUAUAAAUGAUAGAUGGAUUUGGUGAAUGCAUCAAUAAGUGGCCCAACAAAUAUAGGAGAAAUGGCUCCAGAAGGUAAUCCAGCUGAAGCAGAUUGUUAUAAGGGACAAGUUGAUGAGCUCUUCGUGAAGGUUGAGCAACUUGAGCAAAGAGUAAAUGAAGUUGAACAGUUUUACUUGAAUACAACAACAAAGCAACCAAACAAUUCCAGAAAUACUUUAAUAGUAAAGGAGAAGCAUAUUCCUAGCAUAAAAAAACUACAGCAGGAUGCUUCACGUAGAGAAGCUACUGCUGCUAAGAGAAUGCAAGACCUUAUGCGCCAGUUUGGAAGUAUAUUUCGUCAGAUCACACAGCACAAGUGGGCUUGGCCCUUUUUGCAACCAGUAGAUGUUGAAGGACUUGAGUUGGAUGAUUACUAUCAGAUUAUUGACAGGCCAAUGGACUUCAGUACUAUAAAAAACCAAAUGGAAGCCAAGGAUGGUACCGGAUAUAAGCAUGUUCGCGAGAUAUGUUCUGAUGUGCGGUUGGUUUUUAAAAAUGCAAUAAAGUACAAUGAUGAAAAGAGUGAUGUUCAUAGAAUGGCAAAGAAAUUACUCGAAGUAUUUGAGGAGAAGUGGCUAAAGUUUUUACCAAAAGUUAUAGAAGAGGAAGAAAAACGAGAACAGGAGGAAGCCGAAGCAGAAAUAAGCAUGCAGCUUGCUCAGGAGGCUUCUCAUGCGAAGCUGGCCAGGGAUAUAAGUACUGAGCUUUAUGACAUUGAUAUGCAUAUAGAAGAGCUCCGAGAAAUGGUGGUUAAAAAGUGCAGGAACAUAUCUACAAUGGAAAAAAGAAAGCUAGGAGUUGCUCUCUCCAAAUUAUCUCCUGAAGAUCUCAAUAAGGCACUGGAGAUUGUAGCUCAAAGUAACCUCAACUUUCAAGCAAAUGCCGAAGAGGUGGAGCUCGAUAUCGAUGCUCAGAGUGAAUCUACACUGUGGAGGUUGAAGUUUUUUGUGAAAGACAUACUAAAAGAAGAUUCGAACAAGGAUGACAAAAAUAAUGGCAACGAUAAUAACAUCGUCUCCAAGCGUAAGCGUGAGAUUUGUGAUGCCCUUGCCAAGACUGCCAAAAAACGGAAGAUAAAGCCCUCAUCGUAGUCCAUGCUAGUUUGUGAUCAUAAACAGAGCAUAGAAAUAGCAGAUGACGGAGGAGUAGUUUGGGAAUUUGAGAGCAGCUGCCAUAUCUAAUCUGACCUUGGUGCUGAAUUCCUUGACAUUGUUUUUGCAAUUUGCCUAUUUGGAUUUAUGAGGUACUCUCGUACCCUUUGAGGGUGUAUCGGAUUCAAAUUCAUCUUCUCAUGUUUGAUGAAAUUCAGUGAAGGCCUAUUUCACACUUGCACUUCACCAGCUGUAGCUCAAGUAAAAUGUUACCUGCCAAAGCUAAUAAUUGCAUUCUAACGUUUCUUUA